GCAGCCUCCUUCUCCGGCUCAGCCUGGCGCUUCUCCAUCGCUCGGUACGGCACGGGCUCUGACUCAUCUGACUCCUAUUAACCAGAAAAAAUACGCCUUUCAUCUCUAAAUAGGUCUUCCACGUAAACCUGCCAUGUUGCAGCGUGAAAGGAUGACGGCGCGGUAAUCCUGUCGACCCUUCCGAUGGACUCUCCACUCACAGCCGCCCCCGAUCCCAACUCCUCCACCUCGCCCCUGCCGGUGCCCCUGCUUCCCGCCAUCCUCCCGUCGGUCCAGCUUAGCUUCACGGUCCUGUACACGGCUCUUUAUGCGGGCCUCUUCGUGGCGGUGUACUUGCAGCUGUGGCUGCUCCUCCUCUACAAACACAAGAGAUGGAGUUACCAGAGCGCCUUUCUGUUCCUCUGCCUGCUCUGGUCUGCACUCCGCACCACGCUCUUCUCCUUUUACUUCCAUAAUGCGGUGCAGGCCAACCACCUCCCUGUCGCAGUCUACUGGCUGCUGUACUGCUUCCCUGUGUGUCUGCAGUUCUUCACUCUCAGCCUCAUAAGCCUGUAUUUUACUCAGGUACUACUCAAAGUAAGAGAGACCUACAGCUCUGCAAUGAACAGACGGCUAUGGCUAGCGCGUUGUGCAUACGGAGCGAUGAGUCUGGUCUUCCUCUGCGUGAAUGUGGCCUGUGGAGUCCUUGGGGACCGCGACACCAGCGGGGAGAGGGGUAACAGAACCUGGAACCUCGUCUUGGUCCGCGUUAUAAUCAACGACUUGCUUUUCAUCAUGGCUGCCGUGCUGCUCGCCACACUACUGUUGCGUCUGGCCCGACACUCACGCUCCACCAGCGCCUACCUGAUGAGCAAGGGGACCACCGUGUGCCAAACAGCAGCCCUCGGAGCUGCGGUGAUCCUCUUGUAUACCAGCCGCGCCUGCUACAACCUGACAGUCCUCAUCCUGUCCCAGAACCACCGCGUGGAGUCCUUCAACUUUAACUGGUACAACGUCUCUGACCAGGCUGAUUUGCUGAUUGAACUUGGGGACCAGGGCUAUCUAGCCUUUGGCAUCAUCCUCUUCAUAUGGGAGCUGCUUCCUACCAGUCUCCUCAUUCUGAUCUUCAGGGUUCGUCGACCAGCUCAGGAGACCAGCAGCACGGCCAUCAACAACAGAGUUCUCCCUCGUCCGUAUUUCUUUGACGACCCUCAAGGCAGCGACGACGACAUUCCCGUUCCGUGGGCUCGCGGCUCGCAGUCAAACUUAAGCUGGUACGGGUCAGAGACGGCUCCUCUCCUGUGCGCCAACAACCCUGCAGAGAGCGGCCACCAGCACCACUCCUUUUACUCCACCCCCCAGACCUGACCCCACCUGCUGAAUCACCACACCUGGAAGGAUGGGACCUCCCACCGUGGGCAGUUUUGCACUGAAAAGCUCAGGAAAGCUAAAAAAAAAAGCACCUUGUAGACGUCGUGGAACAAAAAGACAAAAGCGUCUCUCUAUCUCACCUUAAAGGGAAAAAGCUCAGCAGACUCCUCAUCAAACUAAACUCAGGUUAUAAACUUUUUUGCAGAAACAAUUACCUUAUUUGACGGCUGGAGCUCCACAUACUUUCCUUAAGUCACUCUGAGCUGUGGACUUCAUUCCUGGACCAACUGUAGAUUUGGAAAGUUAACAAAACAGACGGUAUUACAGAUAUUUAUUUUUGAGGUUGACAGACGGAAUUCCAUUUUAUCACUUUGAAUUUAAGCUUUCUUGUAGCUGUUGAUUUGUUUGUUUGUUUGUUUUAGGCCUUUAGCUGGUUUUGCAUCUGAAAAAAAAAAGUUAACACUUUUAAAACUUGUCUUCCCUUCUUUCCUCUUUGAAUAGUUUUAUGGUUGUGACUUGAUAAAGGCUUUAUUUAUUUAUGUUUUUAUCCUCUAAAUGCUUAAAGUUACUGUCUCCUCUGGAAAAGGGGUUUCAUGACUUUUUACUCAUCUGUGCUGUUGACUUUCUGCCAGACUGACAUUUGAUAUGGAAACUGCAGACAUGUACUUUUUUUCUUUUUAUUUACAAAACUCUGCACAUCUUGUUGCUAUGCAGAAAAUGAUUGAAGAUUGUUAGCACCAAAGGGAACAUGUAAAAGAAAAAAGGUUUCAUUUUUGUUCGUCUUUUUUUUCUUUCAGUGCUCAAGUUGAUUAAGGAGUUUUCUAUUACGUCUCACAAUUUACCAAAAGAGUUAGAACCUUUUUCUCUCGUUUGACCACAUCUGUAUUCAGACAAAUUGGUUUAGUACAAUUUUGCCCAAGAGGAAGUUAAUUUUCUUCACACACAAAAUUUAUUAGCAACAGUUAAAUACAAGAAAAUGUCCCAACGUGAAGUUCCUGCUCCAAAGCUCGGCGUCACACCUCAAGUGACCUCAGCUGAGGAACUGCUGUUGUGGUUUCUGAGAACUUGUAGAACUGAAAAAGAUUGUGAAAAUAAAAUAGAAAUCUGCUGCUUCCCUUUUUUAAUGUGA